CGUCAGCUCGAGUGAGUAGCUUUCGCGAAGAAAGAAGAAGCAGCCUACUGCGGUGAGGCCCCCGCGGUAGCAAGCAUUUCUCCUCAGCCCAAUUUGGCCACCGCUUUCAGGUGUGUACUGGCAACGAUGGGGGAACAGUAAAUUCCUGUAAAUUUACACUCACACAUACUUUGAAGCCACCGCGGCGCAAGUGAUCAAUCGCUCAGACGUCGAGGGAAAGAAGAAAAUAUUUUCACCUGAAAAAGAGAAAGAUGAGCGGAAUAAGACCGCCGAGUUGCGGCACGCGAGACAUAUGCGACGACGCAUACGUGUCAGGUUGAGACGAAAAUUCAAGUGAAAAUUUGUGAAAAGUGUCCUAAGGUUGGAAAAUAAAAAUUCGGGAUCAUAGAAGCCUAUGCAAACAUAGUUGGCCUGCAGGAAUGUAAUUUAUGUGUAUAUGUGAGAGUGAGAGUGAAAAAGCUCCCUUCGCCCGCUGUGCAGUGUUUGGAGCGAUAUUCAAAUUGGACCCCCUCCCCCCUUUUGGGAGUGCAGGGCAGAUAUUAUGCUCUGCAAAUGAGGAGGUGGUUGUGGUGAUGUUUUUCAUUGUGGUGAGUGUGGUGUGACCGAAAGUGAAAGAAACGAAAAGAUACACACAAGGGAAGUUACGCGAGAACGAUCGAGAGACGAUCGACUGCGACGACCACAACGAAGGCGGAGGUGAUCUUGAAGUAAAAGUGAAACUAUCCCAGGCGAAGGAAUUCCGAGAUUGGAUUGAAGAAAAGAAACAGGCACAACAACAAACACGAAACACAAAACGCACUUAGGACAAGUUGAGAGAAGAAAUAAGAAGCGGAACGAACGAGAUUGCGUGGAAGAAAAACCUGCUCCAGUGGAUCCAGGGCCUUUGGCUUCUUUAUGGAAUAAACACCGUCGGAGCAGCAGUUACAAGAACAGGAAUCUCCACCCUCGAUCGUUAACCCUCCGUCAUCCGUCCCACACCGUCCGUAUUUAAUCGUUCCAAUGAAGUCUUCAGAAGAUGAUCAUCCGGUAUCCUGGCAACAGCAACGCACAAUGCACUAUCAGCCCGAGCACACCGACAAUUACCGCCGCCGGCUCAACCUAUAGCAACGCCGAACCGAGACUCCAGCAGCAACAAUCAGAUUAUCGUCAUCUGCUUCACCGUCGUCAUCCCGUUGUCGUCAGCCACUGAUCGACAAAAACCGGAAAAGAGCAGCUACUCGCCAGAGCAACGAGAUUGCCAUCAAACCCAAACCCAAGACACAUACACAUAAUAACAGAAAUUAGCGUCGCGCAACGAAUUCAGUAUGAAAUUGCCUCACAAUAGAAUCAUCGUUAACGGAUAUUAUUAAGCAAGCGAGACGAAAACGAGAGUGGGAGCGGAAUUCGCUGAUUGAAAGCGAAAACAAUUUCUCGCUCGCCUGCGACAAAAUCAAAAGCGCAACGAACGCCCGGGCAAUUUUGCACAAACUGCGAGCGAAACGAAACCGAAAUCAAAAAUGUCAUUCAAACGGUCCAGCAGCGUGGCAGCGACGCUAAUCCAUCAGACGUGCGUCUACGGUCUGAUCGGUUUGCUCGUGGCGUCCCAGCUGUCACAUGCGACCACUACUUGCAGCAACUCAGAAGACUGUACAAACAACGAAAGCCUAGCCACUAGUAGCAGUAAAUCUAGGAGAUCGGCGUCACCCAUACUGAACGACGUCGGUACGAGAAACAAAGACUUUCUACUAUUCGAAAACAAUAAAGUUGAUCAGGAUGUCAAGCCAUCGGAGGCCUCAUCGAAGCAACGAAGCGGGAAGGAUCUACUCGAUGAUUCGUUUCACUUCAGUAAGAACAUGGCGAUGAACUUGACGGGUCAGUCUCCAAACGCACCACCCUUCAUCGUGGCGAACAACAUCAACGGCAGACAGAACUCGAAUCCGGAUAUUCAGGACAUAAUUACCGGUAUCGUCAAGUUGUUAAACGGUAACGUAAAUGUACAUGCCAAUACGCAACCAACCCGGAGGCACUCAGCUACCAGAAUCAAUAACCGAGGUCCUCCAAGAAUCUCAGAAGCUCAACCCGUGCCCAACGAAUACGAGGGUGAACUUACGUCCCCGCCAACCUCUUCACGUCCUCCGUACAACUUCGAAAGACCACAAACACCAGUCAGACCUUUCCUGACGGGUGUCCCCAUCCCGGAGCAGAUCGUGCCUUCGAUGCAACAAACCAACCGACCGGGAUUUGUGUCGCAAAACCGUCCACCGUGGCAACGACCCAAACCAAGGCCACCGAUUUCGCCCAAUCGACGACCGAUGCCACCGUACAAGCCUUACCCCACGAACAUAGAUUUCGUAAAACCGGAAGUCGAUCGCGCCCCCAUAACUGUCGCCCCAAAUGAAGGUAAUUCGAUCAGUGAAGCUACCGAAAAGCAACCGACGGGUGACGAUUCGGAGGUUACCUCCAAACCAGCCGCUACUACAACCACCGAAAGCGAAGCACAUGAAACUACCACCGAUCCACCCGUCCAAGAGAUCAAGGAGGAGAAACCUGCCAAGAAGGUCGACAAACCCAGCUCGAAGCCCGCCAUGACGGAAGUUCAGUAUACGAUCGAGCCUGCCGAUGGUGACCACGCACAGGCAGAUCCAAGUCCGAUGUCAUCGGAACCUUUCCAAACCGAAGUGCCAAGCGUCUACGAAAUCAACUCUAUCGAAUAUCUCCCAUCAACUGCGGACACUACUGGAAGCAUCCUGCUGGAGCCUUCCACAACCGAAACUUCCACUCCGGUGGAGUUAAUCACCCCAACGAAAACGGUAUCAACCACCAUAAUCUCAACAUCUCCAUCCACCACCUCAAACACCCCCAUGAUCAUCUCGACCACUCCGAUGGCAGCCAAUCACAGGCCCGAGGAAUCCACCAGCAGUUCUACCAUCCCAACGCCAACACUACCACCUCCGUCCGGUGCACCCACAACCACCGAUUACCGUUUCCAUCCCCGCCCCGGUUUGGUCCUGGACGAUCCGGACUUCAAACCAGGCGGUAACAAACCCAUUCGCCCACAGAACCACUACCCUCCGCAACCGGAGAUCCAUGGAUCAACGGGCGUUCAACUGCCCGCCUAUGGGGAAAUCUUCGACGUGACACUUUCCGCCAUCCAGGGUCCGGCUGGUUCCGGCUCGCAGCAGACAGUCAAAUUCAAUCCCUAUCGACCUCAGAACAACAACAACAACCAACAGGAUGAUGCCAGUAUCAUUCUCACAGCCAGCGGCAGCGAGGGGUUCGUCUCGAUCGAUGGCAAACGGUCCUACAUCGAUCUGUUCGGUGACUCCAAAACCAUCGUCCCUACAACGACCAGCGAAACGAUUCGACCCACCCAGGUACCCCUUCCCGGAAUAACCGGAACGGGUUACGCCGUAGCCGAAACGGAGCCACCUCAACCGCAAGCCCCGGUUGCACCCCAGCAGCAACCUCCACAACCUCCGGCGCUCGCCCACCCUCCGCCGACUCAGCAAUCUCCCGGAGGACAUCGACCGAUCCACCAUCGGCCCAAGUACCCAAGUGCCCUGCCACCGGUUCGGAUCGAUACCUGCAUCGUGGGAGACGACUCAACCUGCGAUCAGGCCCAGAACGAACGCUGCAAGACGGAGAAUGGAGUGUCCAGUUGCCACUGCCGGCCGGGUUAUGCCCGGCGGAAACAUCGGGAGCCCUGCCGGAGGAUUGUGUCGCUGAUGCUGUCCAUGCGGGUGGACAAGAUAUACGAGCGCCGGAUCCAGUGGGACAAUGUGCUGACUAAUCGGGACAGCGAGAAGUUCCAGCAGUUGAGCUACGAAGCUGUGCGGGCGAUGGACUCCGCUAUGUCAAUGACACCAUUUUCGGACGAGUUCAUGGAAGCGCGGGUGAACGGAAUCUACACCACGAAUCCGGCUGCCACCGGGCUCCGGGGAGUCUUCGUCAACUACACGAUCAGCAUGGACGAGAAUGCGGAGACGCUGCGGCCGCAGCUCAAGUCCGAUAUUCAGCGGCACCUGCUGGGGGUGAUCCACCGGCGGAAUAACAAUAUCGGUAACUCGGCUCUGUACGUGGACAGUCCCACGGGGGCAGUGUCCAGCGUGCAGGACGUGGACGAGUGCACGUCGGAUGAGCUGAAUGACUGCGACGACGACGCCAAGUGUACCAACAUGUUCGGGACGUUCCGGUGUGAGUGCGGACUCGGCUACCGGGACCCGUGGGCCGACCAGCAGCAACGGGCCGGGCGGGAGUGUUUGGCAUGUCCGGAUUCGUACUGCAACAACCGGGGAACAUGCAUGUACGACAAUUCAAACAACAAACAGGUCUGCAAGUGCCUGGGAAGCUACUACGGGACGCAGUGUGAAAUCGACGGCGAGGUGCUGGGCGUCGCGGUAGGUGCCUCGGUGGCUGCCGUGGUGAUCAUCGUUCUGACGUUGAUUUGUUUGAUCAUGUGGAGCCGCAAAUGGCAACGUGAGCACAAGAAUGCCAUGGGCAGCCCGGUGUUUGGCUACAUGGGCGGUGGUCAGGUGAAGACCCCGGUCAUGGGACAGGCCCCCUACCAGGUGACGCUCGAGGAUCGCAUGCGUUGGGCACAGAUAGCGGACGUCAUGGCUCAGGCCAACCACUAUGCGACUUUCCCGACUUUGCAGGCUGAACCCGUGGCACCACCCCGGCCAGGAUCGGCCAUGUACGGUUACCCGAAUCUGCAGUCGAUCGGAAACAUGACAACGAUGAGCAUGCACGGUACCCUACCACCGAUGCACGGUGGCACCCUUCCACCCGUUCCGUUGCCAAGUAUUCUUAACAGGAGUCUGGGACUCAACCGCAACGGCAUGCGAACGUUGGAAAACUCGAGCUCCAGCGAGGAGGAGGACCGGGCCGAUCUGCUCGGGCGGAACUUCCACAACGUUCCACGACCGAAGAGCAGAAGCAACGCUAGCGUGACAUCCGGCAUCUACUACGACGUGGACUACGCCCCAACGGGAACGGAACAUCUGUACGGCAUCACCAGCACGCUCGGUGGUGGCACGACACCGAUUCCAACCUCGAAGGCCCAGAGUAAUAUACCAAUGAGCACGUACACCUCCGGCAGUCGACCGGUGCAGACUUCGUACUACAAAUAAGUUUCCUGCCAAACGGUGACUUGUUUAUAGAAGAGUGUGCGUGUGCGUGAGUGUAUGUGUGUGUGUGUGUGCGCGUAUGAAUCCCAGUGAAUUCUCGACCAGUGUUCAAUAAGACGACGUUAGAAGAGACCGCAAAAACUGAUAUUUAUUAAGAAUCUCUACGAAUAGGUGGAACAGCAAAAGGAGAUUGAUUUCUUUUCCGCCGUCAAACAAGACAAAGAAGAGUCAAGCAGAAUGUUUUAGUUUUUAUACGUUAGCUUUGUAUAAUCACUAAAAUUCCUAACAUUAAUAGAGACAAACAAUAAAAGGCCCUGUGUAUAAAAAUCGUGCAACCGAAGACCGAAGAGUGAAGUUGAAGCAGAUAAUUUUAGUUCCGAAGAAGUGACUUUACUUGAGUUAAGACGAAAUUAAGAGUGAUAACAGCAAAAACAGCAAAAUAGACAAUCUAGAAGUGAACAAAAAAUCUCUAGUUCUAGAUCUUAUUACUAGAAGUGAACGUGCUUUUUCUUAGAAUAUUGAGAAGAUCAAGUUAUUGGUAAAAGUAUUAAUAAAAGAGUAAAUGUAUAAGAGACGUGUUCAUAAAGU